AUGUGUGGUAACAAACGCAUUAGUCUGGAAAAGUUAAGGAGAAUCCACUGCCUCCUUUGUCAAAUUAGUAAGACUAUCAACGAAGCGUACGGCGUACAAAAUUUAGUUGAGCUGACGAGCUGUUUUGUGACCACUGUCUUUUUCACGUACUAUGUUUUUGUUAUUUUCUUGGAUGCGCACACACAGUGGGGAGCGCAUGAUCUGUACGUAGAUGUGCACAUGACUGUGGCGUGGAUCAUACCUAAUGCGUGGCGCGUGUGUAGCUUAGCCUACAGCAGCGAAAUGGUCGUACGUGAAGCGAGCUGUACUGAACAAAUGGUCGACAAACUCAUGUUGCUACCAGUGCUGGGAGACUACAGGCGCUGCAAGGAGCUUCAGGUGUUUGCCAAACAGUUGGCUCUCGGCAAUGUCAGCUAUAGUGCAGCGGGAUUGGUGACGAUGAACUUGGGAAUGCUCAAGUCCUUUAUAGCGACAGUAGCUACAUAUAUGAUCAUACUUAUUCAGUUCGCAUUGCCUAAUGCAAGUGGGCAAUAG